GCCGCUGACCGUCAGCUGACAGCUCCAAAACACAAUGUGUUAAGUUGUCAUUAUUAUCAGGGAAGGAUCACAGGUAACCGGUCACUGCCGAGUCAACCGCCUCUCACUGAAGAUUUGAGAAAUACCUUUGAAACGAGGCAGCUAUGUCUUCUCAGUGGAACGUGUAUGAGAGUUUCCAGGCUCUUCUACAGGCUGGGCCGUACCACUUGGCUCUGGAAGGUGUGCUGGUGAUGUGCAUUAUCUGGCUCUUCACUGCCAAGAAGCAACCCUCCAAGCUCAUCAGGCUGACUAAGAAGGAAGAAGAGGAACUGAUAGCAGAAUGGAUGCCAGAGCCACUAGUGCCAAACCCACCCAAGGAAGACCACCCGGCCCUGCACACCCGCACCAUCUAUGGCAAGCCUGGACGUUACUUGGACCUGGGGACUGGUGAAAAGCUGCUCAACUUAGGCACACACAGUUAUCUCAACCUAGGUGAGCGACCAGAGGUGGAGGAGGCCGCCUUAGAGUGUCUCCACAAGUAUGGGGUGGGAUCGUGUGGUCCUCGUGGGUUUUACGGUACCACAGAGGUCCACUUGAAGCUGGAAGACAGAUUGGCUGUCUUCUUCAACUGUGAGAAAGCUGUGCUGUAUUCCUAUGGCUUCUCCACCAGUGCUUCUGCUAUUCCAGCCUAUUCCAAGAGUGGGGACGUAAUAUAUGCGGAUGAAAUGGUGAACUUUGCCCUUCAACGAGGACUGCAAGCCAGUAGAAGCCGUAUUGUUUACUUUCGACACAAUGAUGUGGAGCACUUGAGGGAGCUUCUUGAGGAACAAUCCAGGCUUGACAAAAAGGACCCAAAGAAGGCUAAUGCAACCCGCAAGUUCAUGGUGGUGGAGUCCAUUUAUAUUAACACGGGAAUGAUGUGCCCCCUGCCCGAGUUGGUUAAGCUGCGUCAGAAGUACAAGCUCCGUCUCUUUAUUGACGAGUCGGUCACUUUUGGCACCUUGGGGCCCAACUGCCGAGGGAUCACUGACCAUUACAACAUACCGAUGAAGGAAGUGGACAUGAUCAUGGCCAAUUUGGAGUCCUCAGCAGCCAGUUCAGGAGGCUUCUGUGUGGGGACAGAGUUUGUUAUUGAGCAUCAGCGUCUCUCUGGCCUUGGCUACUGCUUCUCAGCCUCCUUACCCCCUAUGUUGGCAGCAGCCUCUAUUAAGGUGUUGGACAUCCUUGAAUCUGAGGGCUGUGAGCUGGUGGUGGUGCUGCAGGACAAGUGCAGGCAGAUACAGGAGGUUCUUUCAAAACUUUCUUCCAAGCUUGAGGUGAGUGGGGAAGACAUUAGCCCAGUAAAGCAUCUGAGGCUGAGAGAGUCAACUGGAGACAGAGAAGCUGAUGAGAAUAUCCUGCGCAAGAUUGUGGAGAAGGCGGAGAGUCACGGCUUAGCUCUAACCCUGGCAUCCUACUUAUGGGAGAAAGAGGCGUCUCCUCCUCUGCCCUCCAUUCGAAUCACCGUAAAUAAAGACUUGACUACAGAGGAGAUACAGAAAGUUGGUGAGGCCAUACAGAAGGCUGUAAUGGAAGUGAUGGAGUAGACAGACCAUGUUAGAUAAGUUACUUUGCUGUAUUUUGAGCAUUAGAGCAGAAAUGUACUAUGUUAUAACUACCCUGUAUUCUACUAAGUUUAUAUGGAAAGUUGAUUAUUAUGCCAGGAGCAUUCAAGUGCAGCAUACUCUGUAGAACCACAGCAGUAUUAUAUGCUUAUGGCAUGGAAGUGAUUAAAGGUACAGUACUGUCCAUAUGUGUACUGUACACAUAGGCAUGAUUAUUGGUGUAGGAUGUGGUUGAAAUCCUUACUUGUUGUUAGUUUGUUGUAUAUAUAUAUAUAUAUAUAUAUAUAUAUAUAUAUAUAUAUAUAUAUAUAUAUAUAUAUAUAUAUAUUCCUCUUUUAGGCUCUGGACAACCUCUCAAGUUUAUGGCAAAAAUGGUAAUAUUGUGCUGUAAAUAACAAGUCAUUGAGCAAGGUAACUGUUAAAGUAAAAUAUAAAAAAUGUCUUUUUAUGAUGCAAACAGAGGCAAAUUGUGGUAGAGUCAGGACACAAAACAGUGGUUAAAGCCUCUCCUAACUCCUAUGACACAGGAUUGAACUUUUCUCUUGAGUUGUAAAUCCAGAGGCCCCAACUGCUCUGUGAAAUAAAAUUGGUUUUAACUCA